UUGGUUUCGCAUAUAUGAUGAGACGUAGAAAUAACUUUUACAAGGUUUCUUUGGUGCAUCAUCAGGAUAACUGAGGUUUCAGCCCAAUUAACUUGCCAUUCUAACAAGAACUUCAGUGGCUGCUUUGACAGAGAAAGAAUCAUUAUCCAAGGUGACAAUGGAUGCAGCAUGGGAGGAUUUACCUAUCAUAGUCUUGGAGGAGAUAUUUGCCAUGUUGUCCCUCAGAGAGCGAUUCAAUGCCUCGCAGGUCUGCAAGAACUGGUUGGAUUGCUUCUACUCGCCGAGAGUGUGGGAAAAGCUGGAAUUUCAGGAGCGCUCGUUCACGAAGAAGAUAUUCAGCGUUUACCAGGGACUUCAGUAUCGGUUCAAUCAUCGGAAAUUUCAGCUGAGUCUUGGACGUAUUGGAGCUUUUAUCAAAAAGAUUGUGGUGCAUCCUGUUGGGGAUUAUUAUAAUUUGUACGAAUUCAUGACAGUCUUGGACACGUACCUGACCUUCUUUCCAGACAACCCAAUGCCGCUGUUGAAGACAUUUGAUUUCACUUUUUAUUGUGAGAAUAAGGGACCUGCUGGCAGUUUCGUCUACGGAACAGGUGGAAAUAUUUUCCGAAAGCUAAAGGUAUUGAUCAGUCACAUGCCAUACCUCACCAACUUAAAGCUGCAGAAUGUAUUACUAUCGUUGGCUGAUGCUCAGAAUUUAUUAGAUGACGUGUUAAAUAAUUGUGGUGAUACCCUAAAGGUCCUAGAAAUGCUGAACAUUACCAGUGAGAUGUGUCCGUUGUUUCAAGUUGGCAUGUUUCGUAAUCUGCGCCGACUCGUUAUAAGUCCGCAACAGCUCAACGAAGAUCUGCUCCUCACAAUCGCACGGAAAUCAAUCAACGAGUUACACAUCUCACAGGAUCAGUAUAUAAUACCCAACAGCAUAACGACACCGUCCCCAGAAACCUGGUCUGAGGCGAGACGUCUUAACUCGUUGCUUCAGGUAAAACUGCUUUGUGUUGGACGGUCAAAGUACGAUAUGGUGUGGCAGGAGAAGGCACCGGUCACAGGUGUAAUUUACGAUACAGUUUAUGCUUUAGUCACUCCCUUGUCAGUUCUGAACGUCAUAGAUCAUUACAGUGAUACGUUACAGGUGUAUGGUCACAAGUCCUUGCCGAGAAUCCACGGUAGCCGGGCUUUCAACGAUCGAAUCGAUUCAAAUAUUCUCCUAUUAGUGAGAGGAUGUCCAAAGAUACACACGCUGAUAAUUCGAGACAGAAUAUCCACUGCCUCGAUUGUCCUGAUUGCAAGCGAGUGCAAAAAUUUGAAACGAUUGUACAUCCGUCAGAAUGCUAUUCUUAAACGAAUGGAUUGGUCAAAAGUUCCUGAGUGGAGCAAUGAUUUUUACUGGUGGCUAAAAGGCUGCAGUAAGUCUUUUGACACAAUGCAGGCCGAGGUCAGUCGAAUCAUUGGUUAUCCUUGGCGAGCAUUGACAGACAAAGAGUUCAUAAGUCUUUCAGAAUAUGACAUUUGA